AUGGAGCAGGUCAUUAACAUGGACGACCUGAAGAUGACUCAGCCUGCCGUUACAGUAUGUAGCCAGCACUGCGUGGAAUCACAGGCUUGCACUCCCGUGGUUUCACAAGCUCCUACUCCUAUCGGUUCACCGUCUGGCCAUAACUACGCACCUCUGCCGCCCAAUCUACCGCAGUCACAAGAACCGCCCUUCAAACAAGACCACAGACACUUGGAGCAUGUCUCCCGACCUGAAGUUGUACGAAAAUUUGCAAACCCGGCGCCUCUGGGCCUCUGUGCAUUUGCACUCACCUCAUUUGUCUCGAACUCCAUGAACCUGUACAUGGCGAAUGGUACGGUAACAGGUAUUAACAUCGGCUUGGCUUUGAAUUAUGGCGGGAUCUGUCAGAUUUUGGCUGGUAUGUGGGAAAUGGCCCUUGGCAACACCUUUGGCGCGACGACGUUCUGUUCUUUUGGUGCUUAUUGGAUUACUUUCGCCACCCUCUCCGAAAUUGAUAUCACCAAUCCUGCAGCUGAGGCAAUGGCCGGAACGUGUCAGGCCGAGGUCUUGAUGGGAAUUUUCAUGAUGGCAUGGUUCAUCUUCACAACCCUCAUGCUGCUAUGCACCCUCAAGUCCAGCAUUGCCAUGUUCCUGAUCUUUUUCUUCCUCGACCUCAACUACCUCUUGCUGGGAAUCACCCAUUUCCAUUGCAACUCUACUUCUGGCAUGAUCAUUGCAGUGCAGAAGGCUGGUGGGAUUUGCGGCAUACUGGCAGCCAUCACUGCUUGGUAUAACGCCUUUGCCGGUGUCUUCGACCAGAGCAAUGGAUUCUUCACCGUCCCUCUUGGACACUUCCCUUGGUCACCUGUUCACCAUGUCCACCAAGCGAACAAAUACAAGGAGGUGUGA